CCCCCGUGUGGUACACGUCGAGUCCCGCUCGCUGGCAGUUCCUCCGCUCGAGCUCGCUGUCUCUCUCUCUCAACCAACCUCAAAACUCGUCUCACUCACGUGUGUGCGCUCCCGCCAUUCACUGACAGAAAACAAUUUGCAUAGUUCCGUGUGUUUUUGACUCCAUCCACUAUUUAUGUGCUAGGACAGUGUUCGCAAUGUUGGCCAAAAUGAUGAACAGUCUCGGCUGGACACUGCUACUGAUUUUGGUUUCGGAUUUGGGCGCCGCCUCCAAGAUCAUCCCCACCGAGGAUGCAGGAAAAGUGUCGGAGGCGUUGGCUGUUGCCGGAGGCAUCGCGAAACUUCCCUGUGAUCUGAGCUUGCCAGCACCUGGCGACAAAGUUCAAUUAAUAAUAUGGUACUCGGGCACCAAGGAUUCGCCAAUCUAUAGUUUGGACUUGAGGAAAAUGCAAACGCCCGACGACGGCAAACACUGGUCGGACGAGCAGAAACUUCAGGGCCGCGCCUACUUCCGCAUGAAUGAAGAACCCGCCAGGCUGACCAUCGAGGACGUCAAGGAGAACGACCAGGGUCAGUACAGGUGCAGGGUGGACUUCAAGAAGUCACCAACCAGGAACUCGCUAGUCAACCUCACCGUCAUCUUGCCGCCUGACAAGUUGAUCAUCUUGGACGAGAAAGGUGCCAGCGUCCCUAAUUACGUGGUCGGGCCUUACAACGAAGGCGCCUCCGUCGACAUCACAUGCAUCGCCACUGGGGGUCGUCCGCCUCCCAGGGUGUCCUGGUGGCAGGAGAACGCGCUGCUCGACGACUCCUCCGAGUCCCUCGACGAACGUCGCGUCAAGAAUGUAUUGCGUUUGGGAAAAUUGGAACGCAGACAUCUGCAUACGGUCUACACGUGCCAGGCGUCUAAUAACAAUAUUUCAGCCCCCAUCUCCAGUGCUGUUUCAGUCGACCUCAACCUGCGGCCGCUCUCGGUCAAAAUGGUGGGCCAGAACAGGCCCCUCUCGGCGGACAACAAUUACGAGCUUGAGUGCCAAAGCAUCGGAUCCAGGCCGGCAGCCGACAUCAGCUGGUGGAAGGCCAGCGUGCCUCUUAGGGACACUCGCAAAUCGACGAGCUCCGACGGCAACAUCACAACCAGCAUUCUCACGUUCCGACCGCAACUGGAAGACGCCGGCAAAAUGAUCACUUGUAGAGGUUCUAAUCCCGCCAUCCCGGACUCCACACUCGAGGAUGGAUGGAAACUCGAUAUACACCACGUGCCGCUCGUCACGCUGGAACUCGGCAGUAAUUUGAAUGCCUCGCAAAUACGUGAAGGCAUCGACGUCUACUUUGAAUGCAACAUCAAGUCCAACCCGUGGGUGUACAAAGUCACUUGGCGCCACAAUGGCAAGCUGUUGGUGAACAACGCGAGCGGCGGCAUAAUUGUCAGCAACCAGAGUUUGGUGUUGCAGUCGGUGACGAGGGCGCACGCCGGCCGCUACACCUGCGUGGGCAGCAAUCAAGAGGGCGACGGCGAAAGCAACCCCGUCUUCCUCGACGUCAAAUACAUCCCUGUUUGCAAGAGCAACCAGCCCGACCUGUUCGGCGUCGCGCGACAGGAGAGCUCCAAAAUCACGUGCAACCUGGACGCAAACCCGACGGACAUCCAGUUUAUCUGGAAAUUCAACAACACGUCUGAGACGCUGGACAUCCCCAUGGCGCACAUGGCCGUCGACAGGGCCAAGAGUGUGGCCACGUACACCCCUAUGAACGAGCUUGACUACGGCACUCUGCUGUGCUGGGGCCGCAACGAGCUCGGAAUGCAGAAACAUCCGUGCGUUUUCCACAUCAUUCCGGCAGGUAAACCGGACGCGGUGCACAACUGCAGCAUCAUCAACCAGACCGCCGAUUCGUUGCACGUCGAGUGCGCCGAGGGCUUCAACGGCGGCCUUCCACAGACUUUCAUGAUGGAAGUGUACGACGCCGUUACAUUCGCUCUUGUUUCAAAGAUCACAAGCAACACUCCCACGUUCACGGCCAGCGGUUUGGAUCCAGGCUUGAAUUACCAAAUUGAGCUCUCGGCCAGCAAUGACAAAGGACGCAGCUCCAAAGCCACUCUUCAUGCAUACACCCUUAAAGCUGCUGAGAAAAGGACUGAAUGCAACACUGGUGCUGGCUGUGUGGCCGCCGCGACCUCUCCGGCCGCCAUUCUGCAAAUGACCCCGAUUUUGGGCGUCCUGAUUGGUGUGGUGUCCGCCCUGUUUCUGGUGGCCGUGAUCAUAGUGGUGGUCAUGCGACUCCGAGGUCACGACGACGAGGACGAGCUGGAGAAAGAGAUGGAGGAGCGCAUCGGGGGCACUGGGGGCGGCGGGGGCAGGCAGGCGCCCAACACUAUGUCCCGCGGCGUGGGCGGCCCGGUGCCCAGCGACAAGAGCAGCCUCGGCAAGGACACUGACCUCGACUCAACCGACGAGAAAAAUCCAGACAUCAUUCCUCACAGCACAGAUUCUGAGUACCUUGACCCGGACGAAAAAGCCUUCGAGGUGCUCAACAACGCUCCCCCUCGCAUGUAUGACACUCUGCCUCACCAUCUGCACAUCAGAAACAACCAAAUGGAGCCGGCUUCCUCUUACGAGACUGUCAACAUGAAUAAUACAAUGAACACAACUCUGCCCGGAGAGGAGAUCACGUAUGCUGAGUUGGCGGUUCCAAAGCAGCACGGCCCCGUCAUGAUGUACCCGUCGCACACCCUGGGCCGGCGCCCGCACCACCAGCCACAGCACGAGCCCACCGUUUACGCUCAAAUCAUGGACCUGAGCGGCAAAAUCCCGCCCGGCCACCUCGGCCUGCACCACACCCUGGGCCGCCGGCCGAUCCAUGUGGCGCCCACGCCGCCUCUCAGGGUAAGCAGCAACCGGGCGGACGACCGGGAAGAGCUCCUGGCAGGAGUAGACACCCCUCUGAUUGCAGGCACCCUGCCAAGGGAGAGCACGGACGGAACUGCCGGCCCUUCAACCUCCGGCUCCAGCCAGCCCCGCGUGGUGACCACCACAAGAUUCUGACCUCCCCCGCCCCCGCCUGAGUUCGCCUAUGAGGAGCCUGAGGAGUAAAAGUGUAACACUCGAAAGGGAAGGUGACAGGCCUCUGACUGCCUUACCCCCGUUUUAAGCAUUUAAGCAAGAGGAUUAUUGAUUUGGAGAGAGCAAAAUUAUACGUCGUGGAACUAAGUGUGCGCCUAAAUUGAUCAAUAUUGAUAUGAUACGAACAUUCCUCCCUUUAAUAAAUGUGAUCAAGAUUUUUUUACAUUAAUUGUAAUAUAUUAUUAAACUCUAAUAUAGCGCUCUAAAAACUAUCAGUGUACAUUCCAUAACUUCAUUGUGUAAAAAUCCAAAAACAGACUAACAAAAGAGGAAAUGCCAGGGUGACGCAUGAAAUUUUAUAAGCAAAAAAAUAUAUGCCCCUGAUUUGUGAAUGGACGUGUUGGAUUGGUUCAUGUGACUCAAACCUUAACCAAGAUUGUUGUUGAUAAAAAGUUUAAUAAAAAGAAUAAUCAAACCACUUGUAUAAUAAUUAAAAAGCGACGAUGAAUCUUAAUUGUAUUAAAUUUGUAAAUGUUAUUCUUAAAAUUCAUUACUAAAAAAUAAAAAUGAUGAAAAAGUUGAAGAAUCAGCUGUCUGACAAAUGAUUAUUUGUAUGUUAAUUAGCUCAUUUCGAUUUGAAAUUUAUUAUUGAAUUU